UUUCACAAGCAAAUAUUAGUGGCUGAAAUCAAUCCUCCACUUGUGCUUAUCAGUGGGAUGAUGAGUUAAUAUGUUGUUACAACUUUUGUGAGUCAACGCGACAAUCUUGAGAAUUCUUUACAUUUCAAGUCCCGCGUCAGCUGACAGGUUUUCGAAACCGGGGGAUUCCAUACAAAUACCAGUCGUGCACUUGUAAAGAGAGUCUGGCCCACCCUGCCGUGUUUUGAUUCAGGGAAAUUUUGCCCGGAUCAAGAACGAUUGUGAGCAAAUGAUAAGAAAACUGCUGAAGUGAGGGGAAAAAACGUAGGAGAGGUUUCAAGAGGUGCGAAAUUUGAUACCUCUCUGCUAGAGUAGGUCUUCUUGUGCGUGUAUCGACUCUGAGUGAAGAACGUGGUAAUCAUAAUAAUCAUGGGGAUCAAGACUACUGCGAUUAGCAUUGCUUGAUUGAGAUCGAGGGCUCUUCUGUUGUAUUCACUCGAGUGGAAUGCGACGAAUGUGUUUUGAUGCCAAUCUCUAAUCCCAAGAUUUGUUAGAAGCAAGAAGCCAUGUCAAAUUUAUACAGAACGGCCAGUGAUCGGGGGCUGUGGAAGAAAUAUCACAAGGACAACAUCCAGCAUUUCCACAAGCCGCAAUACUUGGACAAGGAUAAGGACAAACCUCAGGUGACCUAUUCACGUUUGAAUUUGGGUGAGAAUAUACGCAGCUACAACAACCGGCAGAGCAAUCCCAACAUCUCCAAAGACAUUGAGGAAAUCAACGACAGGUUCAACCGAGCCUACAGUGCCGAACACAUUCCCAGGAAGUACUCGACGAAAAGUGCCCCUGGAUCUCGUGCCGUCACCCCCAAUCGACUUCGGAACAAGGACCGUUACCUCUGCAACGGCCAUUACGAACCCUUUGGGAUAGACCCAAAGGCUGGGUUCAAUUCCGUGCCAAGACCCACCACAGCCGACUCGCAAUUCAGUCAAGAGACUUUUCCCGACGAUGAUCGAAUGUCGUAUGAGUCACGCUCCUUGGCAGCCUACAGUAAUUUCUCAGGCCGAGACUCUGUUCUUGAUAAUGGUUUGAACUCGAACGGUUAUCGAUACCCAUAUCCAAGUGAGCCCGAGCAGGAUAAGCCCAACCCAUUUGUGAGAGGUACAGAGAUCCAACGGGAGGCCAACACAAGUGUUCAAGCCUAUUUGAGGCACCACAAUAACCAAGUAAUCAAUCGAUACGCCGAUAGCGUGUCUUCAAGUGUUAUUUCCACCUCAGACUCGGCAAAGCCUUUCCCGGGACGAAUUGAGGACCUGCCCAGUCCCACAAGCCCUUUUAAAGUCAGUUCCAACACGGAAGACGACGAAUUGCUACUCAGCCCCACUGGGAGUGCGAGUUCAAGACAAAAGAUUCGACAGCUCCGAGACGAGUACCUAAACCGUUCGCCUGAAGAACUUGUCUUACAAAAGCCCAAGACGAACAAGUAUCUCAAGGAGGAGAACCGUUGGACUUCUCCAACAAAGAAGCCCCAAGACAAGAUUGACAAAAUGAAUGGAAUGGGGACGGAAGUAUCCAGUGGCGUGGUGUCAUCUUACCAUGCCCCUGAGAUGCAUCAUGCUCAAAUGGUGACCCUUCGACGGGAUUCGUCAUCAAGCUCAUCGGACUCCGAGGGUGCUACCAGUCCUCCUUCACACAUGGUCCUUCAAAGCCCAAUGGCCCCACUUCCACCAAUGGUGCGCCAACCAAGACCAACCGAGCAACCCCCACCUCCUCCACCACCAGCACUGCCGAAAAAAGGCGUUCAGACUGUGGUCAGGAACUCUUUCAUGUCGGCUGGAGGCCCACCAGGGUCCUCACAAGCCUCAAUGGAGGGCCCCGUUGAGCCCAGUUUUCAAACUAAUGACAAGUUUCAAGACCCCCCAAAGAAGAAAGGAGGAUUCUUUGCUUCUUUGUUCAAGAAAAAGACAGAAAAUAAGAACAGGAACACUAAUGGGAUAUCCACUUCAGUUGAGUAUGAUACAACCAGUGAUGACAGUAGUAGUGACAGCAGAUCUGAGGAUGAGAGCGAGGUCCUCAAACAAGAACCAUUCAUUCGGGGCCAAACAGGGCUGAUUCGCCAUCCCAAUAGAACAGUUGAGAUACCCAUCCAAAGGGAACCUCCAAAGACCCUUCCAAAGCCACAGGUUAAUGGGGAAGCAAGCGUUCAUGGCACAUUUUCAAAGCCCAAUUAUGACCGACAAAAGUCUGACACUUCUGCAGAGAGUGGACCUCUGUCAAGUUCUUCCCCGCUACCUCCACCUCCUGCGCCUGAAGAACUAGUUGACUUGACGAGACACGAACUGGAACGACGACCCUCCCAAUCCAAGCCAACCAAUCUGGAUGAUCGUCUGGUUGAGGUGGAGCGGAAAAAUUCGCUAUCAGACAUGGCAUCAGGUGUGAGGCCAAGUGAGGCCCCAGUAUCCAAUCUUUCCGAAAGUCAUCAACAGUUCCGGCACUUUGAGACCUCAUCCAUCCAUUUCACCACGGAAGCACUGGCCAAAAUGAUCCCCAGCCCGGAUGAUCCUUUGUAUGCUAAUGUGACCCGUUCCAAAAAAGUUGAAAACAGUAUUUCGGCCUCACAUGACACCACUCAAGAGAUUGAUGUUGAUGAGGCCCUUGGCUUUCAAAGUAGUGACGAAUAUGAGCACAACAAGAAAUCUGCUGAAAAGGUGGAAUGGUCUUCUACGCCUGGACCAAGCUCUUUAAGAGAACCCGUGGAAAUGCAUCCAGAUUUCCAUAGACCAUCAGACAGUCCAACAAAAGAAUCCAAGAAGAAGAAGCAUGGUUUCUUUAAUUUUGGGCGCAAAAAAGAUGAGCAACAGCCAUUACCCGAGCUUCCUGUUGAUGAGAAAACAUUCCCAGGUCCUGUUGUUGAUGUAGUUGCCCAAAGUCGACAAGAGCACCAGCAAUUCGAGUCUGAAAAUGGUGCUUCAAUUGCAUCUGCACAACAGCACUUCUCUGUGGAGGUGAGACGAAAGUCCAGAAAGGAUUCUUCCCCCUCAAUUACGUCUAAGUCUUCUCCAUCUUCUCGAGCAUCAACUAAAUCUCCACAACGAUCCUCCAGCGAUACACGAGGCUCCUUUCAAAAAUCAAAUGGAAUGCUGGGGGGUUUGUUCAAGUCGCCGUUUUCUGAGGCUAGAGCUAAGAGGACGACGACUCCUCGGCCCAAAUCGUUUGGAGGCCUAGGGGGUGCUGUGGAUGUCAGCCAUUACUUGGAUGAUGAAGAAACGCCAAUGCCAAAGAAAUUGGAAAGAAAUGUCUCUACAACCACGGACGAUGACGCUGAUCCAACUUACCAGCAUAUCAGUAGAUCCACAAUGCCAGUCUCUCGCCAAGAGAGCAGAGGCCAAGAGACUGGGUCCAUUUCGUCGUCCAGGUCAUCCUUUGUGGAGCCUGUGAAAGAGAAAAAACGCGGUUUUUUCAGUUUUGGAUCCAAGAGGAAGAUCAAAAACAAGGACAAGACCCGACAAAUUCAAUCCAGUCAAAAUCUAUCAAAGCACAAGAGUACUGGUUUUCUACACCAGAGUGAUCAGUCCUACAGUGACUCAAGGACCUCCCUCGAUCGGCAAUCCCUGUCCAGUUUUCCUGAUGAUCAGUACCAGGACCAAGGCUCCUUCAACCGGAAUUCCAAACGGAAGAGCGGAUUCUGGGGAUCCAAACCACGUGGACCACCUAAAAGGACAACCAUGCCAUCCUCGAGAAGCAUGGGUGGAGGCUUGUCUGGACCACUAGGGCCUCCAGGACCACGCGGACGCUCAUCAUCCAUGCCAAGGCCAAGAAAUAGCUCAGGGCUGUCGGGCCUCUUUGGAGUGAAACCCAGUCCAAGAAGAGGCCCUCCCAUCUCCUCACGUAGAGGCAGCUUUGACGAGAGGUCUGUGGAUAUGGAGUUGCAGAGAGGAUUCCCUUCUAAUCGUGGUGGACAUCAGAGCCUACCCCGGCGAAGACCACCAGGUGGAGGGUUUGGAAGUAUGUUCAAUGUUGGUGGCUCUCGAGGCCGUGCUCCACCCAGACGAGGACCACCUCCUCCCAUGAAUGAUGACGAGGAGUACAAUCAGGCCAUCCGUCCCACUCAAUCACUCCCUCGGAGGAAACCUAGUGGCAGCCUUGGAAGCUUAUUUGGGGGAAAUUCCGCUCGACGCUCUGGCAGACGCCCGCCAAUGAGAUCCCAGCCAGGCACCCCAAGUGGCAGAACUCCGCCAAAUCGCUUCCAAGACAUGAACGAAAUGGGCCCUGCUACUCCCAAUGACAUGAGACCUCAACAAGAGCUUCAAAUGGAGGCUGGGGAGACAAGAGAGAGAAGCAAUAGCCCUUCAGAGAAAUUCCCUCAGGCAAAUGAACUCAAACCAACACCAACUCCAAACAACAUUUCCAUUGAUCCAGUUCAUCCUCGGUCUGACUCUCUAUCAUCUCAGAGACAGAUGGGCAGACGAAGUGGACGGUUUAGAAAGCAGAUUGGGAAUUCUUCCAACGGGUCAGCACCUCGAUUUGGUCAGUCCCAGUCCUCCCACGACCUCUCUCUGCCGCCCUCAGCUGUUCGGGCACAGAACAAUGAGGCUAGGGCCAAUGCUCUGUUUGGUACACCCUCAAGAGCCAGCCCGGUUAGUAUGUCUGCCUCCAAUUUGUUACAAGACUCCAUCGAUCUUGCUCCAGAAGAGAGGGAGCUGUCUCAAAAGGACCGCAUGAGGAACACCACUAAGUCAUCAACCUCUUUGGCAAGGACCGAAAGCUACCGUCAGGCAAAGAACGCUCCUUUAAAAGACGAUGUCAUUACUGAAAUCGGGGGGAAUGGUCUUCCUCCCCGUCAGUCCAGGUCGCACAGCUCCAUGCCAAGAUUGAGCAAUAAGAACAAGCCCAUACUCACUGAGUUCAAAGGCGGACCCAGAGCCAAGGACGACCUGGACUCGCGAUCUUUGGGUGCCCGUUCGGAUGGAAGUCGCAAAGGCGGACCCGAUCCAUGUGUAGUAAUGUAAACCCAGAAUGCAAUGCAUCGUUGUUUCAACUGUAUACUGUGCUGUACGUCAAGUCAGUGUUGUAUUAUUGUUUUUAUACAUGAAUUUUACAUGGAGAAGUUGUGAUUUCAGUGAUUAUUCAUUUAAUGCCAUAUCAUCAUCAAUUGCGAUAAAAUAAAGUGUAAGUUAAGUUAAUAUCAAACACAA